CUGCGGCCCUGCCUGCUGUCCUCGGCCACCGAGUGACCGAACACCGAAGCCGCCGCCUCGGCUUCGGCGGCGGAACAAACCGCGCCUCGCCCCGCCGCCGCCCCAAGCUAGGUCGCGAUGGUAAUUAGGCAAUCAGGAGACCCCGUCUGGCUAGAUGAACUCAAUCGGUCGAAGAAGAGGGGUCUCUCAUUGGAGGAGAAAAGGGAGCAAAUGCUUCAAAUAUUUUACAAGAGUCAAGACUUCUAUCUGCUUAAAGAACUUGAGAAAUUGGGUCCUAAAAGGGGAGUAAUCAGUCAGUCUGUGAAGGAUGUUGUGCAAAGCCUGGUGGAUGAUGAUCUUGUCUUGAAAGACAAAAUAGGGACUUCUGUGUACUUUUGGAGUCUUCCAAGUUGUGCUGGGAACCAGCUGAGGAAUACUUAUAACAAGCUGGAAUCUGAUCUCUCAAACUCUAAAAAGCGUUAUGUGGAGCUUGUUGAACAUAGAGACAACUUGAAAAGAGGCAGGGAAGACUCUGAAGAGAGAGAAUCAGCUCUGGAGGAGCUGAAGGCUGUAGAAGUACACCAUAAGAAGCUCAAGGAAGAACUCGCUGCAUAUGCAGAUAGUGACCCAGCUGCAGUAGAAGCAAUGAAGGAUGCUAUUGAUGUUGCUCAUUCAGCAGCUAAUAGGUGGACAGACAACAUUUUCACUUUGCAACAAUGGUGUUCAACUACAUUUCCACAAGCAAAAGAGCAACUUGAACAUAUGUACAGGGAGCAGCAACAGGCAUCGAGAAAAUGUACCCACUUCUCCUCAUGGCUAAUUUCUCGGAGUACAUACUAACACAUGCUUCUACUUGAGAAAAGAUUGUGGACAUAAAGAAAAGGUGGGGAUAACUGAAGAUUUCGAGUAUCUGCAGUGAUGCUCAACAGCCUGGGAUAUUAAUAUUACGCCGUUGUAUGUAAUCAUCCUUGGCAUAAACUGUUGAAUCCAGUGGACGAACAAAUUGAUCCAUGUUAGUGUUAUGUGAGCAGAGUGUGCAGACAGUAAAUGGUAUUUGCCUCCUAGACGUUUGUUACUGAAUCAGAUACCUAUCAAAUGUUGUCAGCAGAGAAAUGAUUAGCAUCAAGCAGGAUUGUCAUUUUUCCUUUCAGACAAACACAUUCAUGUAAGAGAAUUGCGAUCUGGUGAAGCAUGUCAAAACGUGGAACAAAUGGGGUUUGUGGUAGAAUACCCAGCUCUCUGUUUUUGGCCCUGGCCCGCCUCUCGUAAAUUUGAAUAUUUUCUCCC